UUUUAGCAUUCAUUUUAAGCUUCCAUGGGCCACUCUGAUUCAAAAGCAGAAUAGAAGCUUUAUCAGAGCAUGAGCAGAAGUGACCUAACGCCACAAACAAAAUGCUGUGUCUAACUUCAGCUUUUUUUCUAGCUCUAUUGCAUUGUUGCAAUGCCCAAAUCAAAACCAGCCAAGUCACCGUACCUACAGACUGUGAGAGCAUUGAGACAGAGGCAGGAAUGGUGCUGGAUUUGGUGAACAGACAUCGCCAGGAUGGCUACGUGUUCGGCCUAUUGCGUGUCGCUGAUGCACACAAACUACAGACGGAAAAUUCAUCAGUCCUUUACUUAACUUUGGAUGUGCUUGAAACUGAAUGCUCCGUGUUAUCUGGAAGACCCUGGGAGACCUGUGAAUACGGUGAUCUCUAUUCCAUGGACUUUGGGCAGUGUAAGAUUAUCACAUAUACAAGCCAGAUGCUGAAGAAACCUAAAUUAUAUGGAUAUAACUGUACAUUAAGUCCAGUUCCUCCCGAUUUAAUUGAGUGCAAAGAUUGUCCUGUAAAAGUUGAAGUCUUAGAAGUUAUUGAGCAACAUAAAGAUAUUGCUGCAAAGCUCCUGGAAAAAUUCAACCAUGAGGGAAACCACACAAACUACUUCAAAGUCGACAAAGUUGAGAAGAUUUUAAAGGCGACUGCCUCCCGUGAAGUCCACAUUUUAGGAUUCUCUAUAAAAGAGACCAACUGUUCCAGAGGAGAACAGCAACAAACAGAUGAGCCACUGGAAUGUGAAUUUCUGGACGACUGGCAUGCUCACACGGGAUUCUGCAAGGCAAGAAUUGUUACUGAUCCAGACGAACCCAAUGGAAUGGAAAUAAACUGUGAACUCUAUCAUCCCUGGCAACGUUACUACGGACAAAGAUGCAGAUCUCCAGCUCCAGGUUGGCCACACAAGCACCACCAUCAUCAUAGACAUCGUCAUAGGCAUAGAGGUCCACCAACCUUUCAGUUCAAACCUGGAGACUCUGAGCAUAACCAUGAUUUCAACAGAGAUCAACAAGACAGCCAUGAAGAACCUCCUCCUCCCUGCCAUGGUAGACAUCACCACCAUCACCCUCCACACCAUGGUCAACCACCUGCUCCCCAGGAGGAACCAGAGCACCCCUCUUCCACUCCUCCUCUCUAUGACAAACAACAUAGGCCUCCUCUUAUUCAAGAGAAAUCAGAUUUUCCCCCUUCUGCUCCUCCACAAUAUGAUGAACAACAUAAUCCUCCUCCUCCUCACCAUCACGGGCCACACUGCCCUCCUCCUCAUGGACAUCAUCACCCACACCAUCCUCACCAUCAUGGGCCACAUUGCCCUCCUCCUCAUGGACAUCAUCACCCACACCAUCCUCACCAUCAUGGGCCACACUGCCCCCCUCCUCAUGGACAUCAUCAUCCACACCAUCCUCACCAUCACGGGCCACACUGCCCCCCUCCUCAUGGAUGUCACCACCCACCUCCUCCUCCCCAGGAGGAACCAGAGCAUACCUCUUCUGCUCCUCUCUAUGACAAACAGCAUAGUCCUCCUCUUAUUCAAGAGAAAUCAGGUUUCCCCCCUUCUACUCCUCCUCCCUAUGAUGAACAACAUAGUCCUCCCCCUUGUCCCCAUCACGGGCCACGCUGUCCUCCUCCUCAUGGACAUUAUCACCCUCCUCCUCACCACCAUGGACCACAUUGCCCUCCUCCUCAUGGACAUCAUCACCUUCCUCCUCCUCCCCAUCAUGGGCCACACUGCCAUCCUAAUGGACAUCAUCACCCACCUCCUCCUCCCCAUCAUGGGCCACACUGCCAUCCUCAUGGACAUCAUCAUCCACCUCCUCCUCCACACCAUGGGCCACACUGUCCACCUCCUCCUCCCCCUCCAGGACACCAUCCUUACCUCUAUCACCACUAUCACAGGCAUCAUUGCAACAAGACGCACACAUCUGGAAAGUACUUUCCAUUCCAAGUAACUGGAGCUGUCUAUCGCAUUCCAGUUCAAAAUAUGCAGGAUUCUCUCACACCUCCCAGAGCAGAAUUUCCUGAGUUAUCACUUCUUGGCCCUCAUAGUGUUGGCACUGAUGAAGGUACUCCCUUCACUGACUCAAGUCUAAGGGAGAUGCCAGAAGCUCCACAUUUUCCAGAUCACCCUUCACAAUCAAAGUCGUGCCCAGGAAAACCCAAACUUGAUCUUCCAAAAAUUUUGCCUUUACUUCCACAUAAGUCCACGGCAGUAACUCCUGAAUGACCCCAGAGGAAAAUGUUCCUGACUUGAAGGUAGCAGGGCCUAUGACUGUUGUACAGUGAAUGAUAACAGCACAUGGUAAAAGGGAAAAAGCAUACAAUUUCCAGGGAGGAGAAGCACUGACAUUACUGAUUAAGGCAAGUAUUCCAACUUGUUUCUUGAUCUCAGCUAUCUCAGACUCCACUACAACUGAAAGAAAGAUUCAAAAGUUUGAGUCUCUCAAAUAACGUGAUUGGGUACAAAUCUCAAUCAGUUCGGCUGAAAAGGAAAAUUCCCUAACAGUGAAAAUUACAAAACUUCAUUUUCUCAUAGUUCUUGACUAUAGUGCACUUCUCUGAGGAAGUACGAUCGCCUUCCAUAAAAAAAAAGAUCCAUGGUACUACAUAACAGUUCAUAAAAAUCCAAAGAAAAUAAAAUCACGCAAUCACUUCUUUCUUGA